GGGAUAAAGAUAAUCGGAUCUUGGGCCGUUAGCAACUUUUCUUUGGGAGGCUUGGUGCCAUACCUAGUACUUAAACUCUGGAGCCUCCCCCAGUGGCGAAUCCUCUGAACUUCCUCAUCCACUCCGGCGUCAUACCCUUGACGUCCAUUCGUUGAAAGAGAACAUGUCAAUGUACCCUUCGAUACGCAAUAAGGGUUUUAUCUGUGAACCACCAACCUCUACCCCCUUCAUCAAUUUCCAAGACCCUGUUUUCAUUCAGGACGAGUUCCUUUCCGACUGGUCGCAGGAGGCAGCUUUACAGUUCUACAACCAACAACUGCCCCGGCUCCAAUCACCUUUCCAGUACCACUCGGGUCCUGAAUUUUACUCUCCGCCGUCUUCCGCACCGUCGUCACCGACUUCCUCUCCAGCCUCUUCCACCUCCCACCUGCCAGCGACAGCUGCGGUUGCCGCGGAAUACCCCAACUCCUUAGAGGCGCCUUCGAUGACACCCGUCUCCUCCUAUAACUCAUCAUUCAACAUCCAGCAUACCGCGACAACACCGUCCUCACAGCCAUACUUGUCACAAUAUCCUCAAUACCUCUUUGAAAACUCCCCAAUGUUGGCUCAACAGCCUGUCGCAAACACCCACGGCUGGGAAAACAAUCUGCAGCUGCUGAGCUCGGCUCACAUGCAGCACAAGGCAUCACCCAGUACCUCGUCGACUCGGUCUGCGCCUGCAGGAAGCUCGUACCAGAGAUCUAACGCUUCUACAUUGUCGAAACCUUUACCCACUCCCGUCCAGACACCUGUUCAGAACUCGUUUCUCACCGCGUCCUAUCAGCAGAACUACGACACUUCGGUCCAUGAUGGUAGCCAAGCUGAAGCGGAAAUGGUGAGGCGGGCUGUGAUGGAACAACAUCAGAAGCAGCAGCAGCAACAAAAUCGCCACCAGCAUCAGCCAAGUGAUUAUUCACUGGCACCUUCGGUAUCUACUGUGAGCCACAACUCACCAGUUACUCCUCAGACAAAUAUUGAGGAACUCGACGAGGCCUCGAAGGCGAUGGUCAAUGGUGAGAAACGAUAUCCCGAUAUAGACCGAUGGAUGGAUGAUUACUUACAUCUCGAUGCCUUUGCAGACUACAAUAACCAGAACGGAAACAAUCUUCCGAUUGGCAUUCCCAGAAUCAACCGAACUAUGUCGGACAUCUACCAAGACGAGCUCUACAACCCGGCCCUUAUGCCGACUCCCCAAGUCUCCAAACAGAACACAAAUCAGCAGAGUCUUCUGAACCCAUUCAGAAACGUUUUUGCUGAUCGGCUGCAAGCUGCCAACCAGGGCCACAUGACUGCACGGUCUCAUUCUCCUGUUGUAAGCAUGCACCGGGAUCGGUCUCCUUUCCGACAGAACUCUCCCCUGGCUGCUGAGUACAACGAUGGGCUCCAGCAGCCCCAGAUGGCGACCAGUGUGCCUAUGACUCAGAAUGUAGGCCAAAGUCAAGGAGCAGGAGAACCGAAGACUAUGUCGCCCAAGGAUGCCCUGCUGGACUUCAACGAGGGGGAUGAUGCCGGGAUUCCUUUGUUCCCGGCAAGUCAGCCUGACUUCAACCUUGGUGAAGCCCUCGGCCUACGACGCGAAAGCUCAUCAUCAUUCCCGCAGUCGCAGAACUUCACUUCCAUGGAGUCAUUCCCUACGCAAUACGCUCAGAGUGGACUUCCCCAGCAGUAUACCUUUGCGCAGCAGCAACAAGACCACCAGCAACAACAGAACAACCUCUUGCACCAGACUCCCGAAUUCCCUGCAUCCCUACCCCACUUCGAGUCUACUAACAGUGACGUGGGGGUCAACAAUGGUGUGGCUUCUCCACCGGCACAGCCCACCAUGGCGAUGCGCCCAGUGAAAGAAGAGAUCACCCGCCCUGAGCGCACUUCUGCGGACAGUGGUACUUACACUUGCACCUACCACGGCUGCACGCUUCGAUUUGAAACGCCUACAAAGCUGCAGAAGCAUAAGCGCGAGGCCCACCGUCAGACUACGCCCGGUGGCCACUUGGUUGGGCGCGAUACUUCCGCACGCAAUUCUCAGGCUGGUCCCCACAAAUGUGAACGGAUCAACCCGUCUACGGGAAAACCAUGCAACUCAGUUUUCUCCCGGCCUUACGAUCUUACCCGGCACGAGGACACGAUCCACAACGCACGCAAGCAGAAGGUCCGGUGUCAUCUGUGUACGGAAGAAAAGACCUUUUCGCGUAAUGAUGCGCUGACCCGGCACAUGCGAGUGGUGCACCCUGAGGUCGAUUGGCCCGGCAAGCAGCGCAGGAGAGGCAGGGAGUAAGCCUGAAUGGGGUUGUUGGUGUCAGGCGGGCAUGCCUCCCAUUCGACUUCUAUAGCCAACAUGGCUACAAUUACCCAAUUGGAACACGACAAAUGGGAAGAUCCAUUUCGAGGAGGUCCCUUUUCGGGAGCUCCUUUGGGUUCCACCGUUUCCAUACCCCCAUUGA